GUAGUUGUAUAUCGUUUGCGAUUAAGACUAACCAAAAUGAAAAAACAAAUUCUCGUAGUACUAUUUACAAUAUUGUUCAAUGUUAACAUAAAUAAUGCCUAUUUACACCAAUCUGAUACAAGUGUAACACCACUAGAUCUACAUCCUCAACUUAAAUUUGAGAGGAAUGGCGAUACUUUGUAUUACUUUGGAUAUACAUCUAAGGGCACUUGGUUACAAGCACUACAACAUUGCAAAUCUCUUGGUAUGGAUUUGGUUAGUAUAGAAUCGCAGGAGGAAAACGAUUUCCUGUAUGAACGGAUGAAAGAAAACCUUGGCAAAUGGGGCGGCAACUAUCGGUUUUGGUCAUCAGGAAUUAGAAUGGAUACGGGCGACUUCAUAUGGAUGAGAACAGGACAUCCAGUUGAUUUUAUUAACUGGCUAGAACCACUAAACCUUGGUCAAGAAUUGCUGUAUCCAUAUGGUGUAGAACUUAUCUAUGGAAAUAGAGACGGUCUUAAAUGGAAUGUGGAAAUCAUAGAUACGGAAAGAUAUGCUCUUUGCGAGGUUAACCUUACACAAUCGGUGGAAAGUGAAGUUCAUAAUUUGUGUACUUCUAAUUCUUUAAGUGUGAUUAGAAAUCAUUUUGCAUAAAUGCAUUUUAUUGCGUUUCUUGUUUGUUUAAUGAAUUUUUUAAAUCAAUAUAGUCCGUUACAGU